GCCCUCACCACUCCCACUUUUGAGAGUAUAUAAGGUCGAGAGGUAGCACAAACGUUUAGUACCACAGCAGCUCAACAAGCCUGUGAUUUCUUACUGCUCUUUUUCCGAUACUUCACAUAAUGAAAGCUCUGUCCCUCGUCGUCUUGCUUUUGGGUGUAGCCGCCGUAAUGGGCGGAUAUUUAGGUGGCUAUGGUGGAUACGGUCUUGGCUAUGGUCGCGGACUUGGCUACGGAGGAUACGGAUACGGUCGUGGUCUCGGUUAUGGCGGAUAUGGCUAUGGACUAGGAUAUGGCCAUGGACUCGGAUAUGGCCGUGGACUUGGCUAUGGCGGCUACGGAUAUGGCCGUGGACUUGGCUAUGGCGGCUACGGAUAUGGCCGUGGACUUGGCUAUGGCGGCUACGGAUAUGGCCGUGGACUAGGCUAUGGCGGCUACGGAUAUGGCCGGGGUUAUGGUUGGUGGUAAAAUAUUCGAAGAUCCCAUUCACAAACUCAGGUAACCUCUCCAACUCUCGCAGUUCUGUUUUUCCUUACAGCCUACAAAAAAAGAGAAUAAAUUUGAUAUUCG